CUCGCUCCCUCAGACAGCCACCCAGCCACCCCUAGCAGAAGUGGUUCGACCGCGCACUCUGUUUACUCGCAGCCACGUGCGCCUGCAUUCUGGUUAUGUGACUCGCGCGACUGCCAUUGCGACUGCUUUGUUCCGUGUGCUUCGUUGCUUUGUGGGAGCGGUGAGCUCGUCCGCUUCGUGAAAGAUGGCUGCUGUGAAGCGACAGAACCUAACCAUAUCUUCAAAGCUGGAGAUCAUCAGAAGAGUUGAGCGCGGAGAAAAGAAGUCGGAUGUCGCCGCAGCGUACAGCAUCCCCAGAAGCACGCUGAGUACGAUUUUGAAAAAUAAGGCCGACAUUAGGGCUAAGGCGGACAAGAGGCCUGCUGCUACCACCAGCGCUCGACGAGUACGGACGGCUGCAUUUGAAGACGUAGAGGCUGCAGUGUAUAAGUGGUUUGUUGACGUUAGGUCGCAAAACAUCCCCGUUUCUGGCCCAAUGAUCGAACAGAAAGCAAAGGAUUUCGCUUUCAUGCUGAACAGACAUGACUUCAGAGGCGGCUCAGGCUGGCUGCAGCGGUUUAAAGAGCGUCACGGCAUUGUCGGCCGUGCUGUCACCGGUGAAAGCCGCGCUGUAGAUCUCGGCAGCGUGCAAAAGUGGAUUGAUGAAAAUUGGAACGACAUUAAAGCAAGGUACCAUCCUCGUGAUAUAUUCAACGCCGAUGAGACUGCUUUAUUCUGGCAAAUGCUUCCGAACAGAACGCUGGCCUGUCGUGAUGACAAGUCCCACGGCGGGAAGGUCAAUAAAGCCAGAAUAUCCGUGUUGCUCGCCACCAACGUCGACGGGUCAACCAAGCUUCGACCGCUCGUAAUAGGAAAGAGCAAAUCACCGCGGUGCCUAAAGAACGCACUUUCUGUCCCGGUGUCUUACAGAUCGAAUGGGAAAGCUUGGAUGACAAGCGAACUUUUUGGCAAGUGGCUCAAGUCCUGGGACGACGACCUGGUAAGCCAAGGCAGAAAGGUCUGCUUACUGGUUGAUAACUGCUCUGCCCACCAUUGCAACGUCAGCGUCAGUAACAUCGAGCUUCGUUUUCUUCCGCCGAACACAACGUCGGUGCUGCAGCCUUUAGACCAAGGUGUCAUUCGUGCACUGAAGGCAGGCUACAGAAAGCGACUUGUGCAGAGGCUUUUGCUAAACCUCCGCACUGGCCGGGAGCUGAAAAUUGACCUCCUGGGAGCAAUAACCAUGCUGAAUGGGUCAUGGAACGACGUCAAACAAGAAACAAUUCAGAACUGCUUCCGUCAUUGUGGACUCUCUGCUUCCGGCGAGGCUGGCGCGAGCUCAUCAAACAAUCACCAUGAACCCCUGGAUAGCGGUGAACCGCUGGAGGAACUUGAUGAGUUGUUUAGCCAGCUUGCCGAGUUCCCGGGUGCUGUUUGUGAUGGGACUGCAGCAACAGACUUCGUCUCCGUCGACGACGAUGUUCCGACAACCGGAGAGCUCGCUGACGAAGACAUCAUUGCCGACCUCACUAGGGAUGCCGCCGGCGACAGUAACUGUCAGGAUACGACGAGUUCGUACCCGCCAUCGUGUUCCGACGCAUUUAACGCGCUGAGCGUUGUUCGCCGUCACUGUGAGUCAAUAGAAGGCUGUGGGCUCAGCUGUUCUCAGUCGCUCGAUAACGUUGAGAAGUGCAUGCUUAAUAAUGCUUUCAAAAUCAAAAAGCAGAAGAAGAUCAACGACUAUUUCUCGCAUUAAUAGUCCCACCGUACAUGUUUUUAUCAAAUAAAGAAUGCUUUUUACUGAGGUGCGGUUUGUACAU